GUAGUUGAUUAAGUUCGAUCAGAUCAGUUGCCGGCCGAUCGAGUUCCACUGCAGUUCAAUAGGAUGGCAAUGCAAUCGCUAGAAUUGAUACUACUGCUGGUGUGUUCACUCAGCAGCAGCAGCCUUGUUCAUGGCCAAAAUCCGGAUGCAGCUGUCCAGCUAGCUUGCAACAAAUUUAAGCAGAUUGUCUUCGAGGAACGCGUGGCCAUCAGCUUCUUUUUCACCGAUGCUCCCAUUAACUACGAGACAGUUGAUUCCUGCCAUGGAUCCAGACCACUGAUUGUGGACGGCACUCCGGCGGAACCCAAGGAAUUUCCAUUCGCCGCUCGUCUCGGCCAUCGGAUGGCUAACAAUGAAAUCAAAUGGUUCUGUGGCGGCACCCUGAUAAGCAAUCGCCUGGUGCUCACAGCGGCUCACUGCUUUUAUUCCGAACACGGUGAGGUCAAUGUUGUGCGCUUGGGUGAUCUGGAGUUCGAUACCGACACGGAUGACGCUGAACCGGAGGACUUUGGCGUGCUCGCUCUGAAGGCACAUCCGGGUUUCGAGAAUCCCAAGCUCUACAAUGACAUUGGCAUAGUUCAACUGGAUCGCGAAGUGAAGUUCAACAGGUACAAGCAUCCUGCCUGCCUGCCCUUCGACGACGGCGAGCAGCACGAGUCCUUCAUCGCCAUCGGCUGGGGCCAGAAGAAAUUUGCCCAAAAGGAGUCCAAGAAGCUGCUAAAGGUUCAGCUGCAGGGCUAUAAGGAUAGGUGUGUCAGCAGUGUGGAUGUGAACGAUGAGCUGCCCGAUGGCUAUGAGCCCAAAAGCCAGCUGUGCAUCGGAUCGAGGGACAACAAGGACACCUGCAACGGAGACUCUGGGGGUCCAGUGCUCGCCUACCACAAGGAUCUCGCCUGCAUGUACCACGUAAUGGGCAUCACCUCAGCCGGCAUCACUUGCUCCUCACCCGACCUUCCAAGUCCAUACACGCGAGUCCACUACUUCCUCAACUGGAUCAAGGGCGAGCUGGCCAAGCAGACGCAGAGAAGCACUUGAUUGAUUCCAUAUACUCGCUUAAAUUCUUACACUUAAGCCACAUCUGGGUUCUGAGAAAGCCAGAAAUAUAUACAAGUUAUUAAUUAAUGAUUGUAAA